CACGCCGCAGCCGCCGCCGCCGCCUGCUCGCCGCCGCCGAGAUGACGAAGCGCACCAAGAAGGCUGGAAUUGUCGGCAAAUACGGUACGAGGUAUGGUGCCAGUCUGCGUAAGCAGAUCAAGAAGAUGGAGGUGUCUCAGCACUCCAAGUACUUCUGUGAGUUCUGCGGGAAGUUCGCUGUGAAGAGGAAAGCAGUUGGAAUUUGGGGAUGCAAAGACUGUGGGAAGGUCAAGGCUGGUGGUGCUUACACCAUGAACACUGCUAGUGCCGUCACUGUCAGGAGCACAAUCCGUCGCUUGAGGGAGCAGACUGAAGCUUGAUUGCACUACUGUUAUCGGAAUCUCAGGGAUGGGUUUGCAGUGAAAGUCCGAGAGUUACGAAUCUCUGUAUUUUGGCUAUUUAGCCAUGGAUAUCUGUUAGUAAUUUUGGUGUCUGAUUUAGGAUCCAUGAAACUCAAAAGCAUGUUGCUACAGUUAACUUUUAUGCUAUCUUCUGUGGUA